UUUCCAGAUGGCCCAUGGAAGAACGUGGAUGAGGGCUGAGCUGUAGUGCGGGCAGAAGGCUCCGGGGCCUGCCUGUUGUCGGCUGGCUGAUUGGUUCAUUGAGGUGAGGCACUACUCUCACCGGGGCACAGAAGGGACCGAGAAGAGGUCUUUGCUCCCCCUCCUCGCUCACCCCUGCCCCCUUUCCACCCUCACCCCCAACCUAGGCACGUACGCUCUGGACCAUGUCUAGCGGGCUGUCGGAGGGGGGCCGGACAGAGGACCAGGAGCGGAGUAGCUGCAAACAGGACUCUCCUGUUAUAGAGCGCAGGAACCGCAGUGGCAUCAUCAGUGAGCCCCUCAGUAAGAGCCUUAAGAACUCCCGUACCCUCUCCCAGUAUACAGCAGUCCCCUCUGCCACCACCAAUGGACACACGAACAACAGUGAGACUAAGGGCCACUCGGCCAAGCCUCAGCCACCCCCGCAGCCGCAGCCCACUGUCUCAGCACUGACAGCAGCCAAGUUGGACCGGACCCUAGAACAGGUUCUGGAGGGACAGAAUGGCCUGCUGCACUUUGCCCAGGCAGCAGCACUAUUAAAGCGGGCCGGUAUGGAGCACAUGCUCCUGCCUGGGGGCAUGGGAGUGGGAGUUGGCGGUGGAGAUGCAGGCUCGGGGGCUAGCGACUUGGAGGGUACGUCUGUCACGGAUGCCGUAGGUGGUCCUGUUGACUUCCCAUAUGGAGUAGGGGGUGGUUUCCCCUUCAACCCGGGGCUUUUCAUCAUGACGCCGGCUGGAGUGUUUCUGGCGGACAGCGCGCUACACAUGGCCGGCCUGGCCGAGUACCCGGCGCAAAGCGAGCUGGCCUCUGCUAUCAACUCCGGUAAAAAGAAGCGAAAACGUUGCGGCAUGUGCCCACCUUGCCGACGGCGGAUUAACUGCGAGCAAUGCAGCAGCUGCCGGAAUCGCAAAACAGGCCACCAGAUCUGCAAGUUUCGCAAAUGUGAGGAACUGAAGAAGAAGCCCUCUGCUGCUCUGGAGAAGGUGAUGCUUCCUACAGGAGCGGCGUUCCGGUGGUUCCAGUAGGACUCCUCCACUCCCUACCCAAAGCUCUGCCAUCAAGUGCAAUGCCAACUCCUGGAUUGUCUCCGGAACAGACACUGGCUAAUAAACAAACAAGCAACAAAUAAAAGUAUAGAAAACAACAACAAAAAAACAGAAGAACAAAAAAAAACAAAAAAAACCCACAACAAACAAAAAACAAACAAACAAAAAACAAUCGGGUAAUGGAUGCACCUACUUAUUCCUUGAACCAAAAAUGAAGCGUAAAGAAAAGCAUCUAUGGCAAUUUUCAUUCCCUUUUCUAUGUUUCCAUUUUGGUACCUUUUGUCCUUUUUCCAGCAGGUUUUUUUCUGUCGCUUAAACAUGGAACUGUUCAUUGCCAGAAACAGAAAUGACGGACUGAGUGUGGACAAUCAACUAAUUUCUGUGUUUGGUGUUAAUGUUGUUCAUGUGUGGAAAGAUACAGUACUUGUGUAGAGAAUGUAAAUUUACAGCUAUAUUUCAAAACUAGUGGCUAAUGGCAAACAUUAUUGUAAUUCUUCACCAUUAUGUUACUUAAACCCUUGUCUAUUUUAUGAUUCAUUUUGUUGAAGAGUACAGUUUUCAGACAGAUCAGUGGUUGUCUUUGAAAGACAAAGAAAAUGUUAGCAAUUAUGACGCGGUGGAAUUCGGAUUUAAAGGAAACUGAAAAAGUCAUGUUAUUGGGCAGAUCUCCAGAGACUUUUCACUGGUUUGAAGAUGCUGUUUGCCAGAGCCGUCACUACUGUAAUCUCCUCAAUCAGCCCUCCUCUGCAUUUCCAAACUUUUCCUUUAGUGAAACUGGCAGCCUUAUGUUACUGUGGCCCUACUGAGCAUGUGCCAAUACUGCUCAGGGCAAUAGCAUUAAGAGACAGCACUUGCUCUGAGUCUACCCUACUGAACGCACUGAGACAAGAUUCCUUUUUUUUUAUUUGUUUGUUUAUUUGUUAUAUUUUCAUGAUUUUGUUAUGUUGCUGGGUAGCUACAGCUUUUAAAAAUAACCAAUCUUUGUAUUGUUUAGAAAAUUGGACUGGUUUUGUGAAUAAAAAGGAAUGCAUGUA